AUGAUGCUGGCGGCCGUCAAUCCAUAUUCAUCGUCGUCGAGCAACCAUCGCUUCCAGAUACAAGACGUCACAGAUGAUCCUGAGUACUCAUCAUACGGUAAUGAGAAUGAAGCACCAGAAGAAGGAGCGUUGGUUGAGUACUGUCGAUUGGACAAACGAGAACAACCGAGCAUUCCGCGAGUAUACGACGCCCCAACUGUUGUGCAUGCAAGACUGGUUACACCCCCAAUGAUCCUACUGGAUCAACCAAAAAUAUCUGCUUCGAAGGCAUAUUCCACGUUGAUAGUAUGA